AUGAAGUCGCGGUUAAUGGAGCGCGUGCCGGCAGGCGGCGCUGGCGUCGACGCGACGGCGGCGGGGGCGGCGGCGGCGGCGGCGGCGGCGGCGGCGACAGGCGCAGCACAGCGACGCCGACACCGACGCCGACGCCACGCCGUCAGACGGUGGCACGAAUUGAUUAAGAAAUUGCACAAAGAAACAUUUUAUUUUGCAAAAUCAGAUGAAAAUAUCAAGAAGCUAACAACACAAGAACUAUUUAACGUAACUACUGUUCAAUUGAGCCCCUUGGAAUGCUUGAAGCGUGCUGUUGCUGAUCUUAGCAUAGGCAUUGACGGUGAUCUUAACGUUGAUCUAAACAGUGCCUAUUGA